AUCAAAAGCUUUUGCGUUCAGUUUUAGUACGUCGCGCCUACUGUUUCAAAGUUAUUGUGUUUGUAAAUUUUAUCAUUUACAUAAACAACAAAGUAUUUAACUUUGUUAACGAAGAAAAAAAAGCUGAUUAAUAUUUUUUGUUAUUGAAAAAGAAAAAAAGUGAUUUUCCAUAAAUAUAGGAUUAUUUAUUUUUUAUUCAAAAAAAAUAAAAAAAGAAAGAGGACUAUUUCAUCUUGUCAUCAUGCCUGUUGAAAUUGCUCCUAUAACUGAACCACACAAAAAACAUUCACAAUAUAAUGGUGAAGGAAGAAAAAUGAAUAAACUUUGUCGACAACUUUCCAUUGAGAGUCCAUGUAUCACGGGUCGUGAUUUUGUCUUUAGUUUUGAUGUUCCAGUACCAGAUGUACCAUCAAAUGGAGCAAGAAUACGUGUUGUUUGCGCUGGUGCAUGCUAUCAACCAAAACGUUCACCAAGUCUUUCAAGUUUAAAUUCAGCGUCAAGUGGAAGUAGUUUGGCAACUGAAGUCUCUGUUGAGGGUGAUUUUCCCGCUGUUAUUCCACAUCAUGGAAUGAGAGACGCUGCACUAUUUCCAGGAUAUGAAGUGGCUGGUGUUGUUGAAUCAUUGGGUACAAAUGUACCCAAUGAUUGUGGCUAUCAAGUUGGCGAAAGAGUUAUUCUUUAUCCCUAUUAUGAGGGAAUACCAAAUGGAUAUGUUGAAUAUUUGGUGGUUAAUGAUUUGAAAUAUUUAAUAAAAAUACCCGAUACAAUGCCAUUGAGUGUUGCUGCAAUGUUACCAGCUGGUGCACUAUUAGCAAUGAACACUGUAUUUGCAGCACAUGAGCAUGUUGAAAAUUUAUUGAAAGAACGAGGUGAAAAUAGUCUUUGUAAAAUACUCAUUGUUGGCACUGGUGGCCUUGCACUUUGGGCACUUCGAAUUGCUGCUUAUCAUUUUACCAAUAUGAAGGAUCGUGUUGCCAUUGCCGUUGCCACACUCAAGGAUGAUGGUCUUAUUUUGGCACAAGAAUUUCAACGUCAUUUUCCUGAUUACAGAGUGAACGUUGUUCAAUGGAGCGAGGAUCUUUAUGAGAGACAAUUGAUUGAGCGUACAAUUGAUGCAUGCCAAGGAUCAGUUGAUGUUGUAAUUGAUUUUGGUACAACAUCACGAAGUCUUCAUCGUAGCUUGCAAUGUUUAUCAAAGGGAGGUGUUGUCUUUGUCAUUAAAGAAGUUGCUGAUAGAUUACUUCCAAAAUUUAGUAGAAAAGCUGAUGAACGACAACAGAGUAUUAAACCAGUUGAACCGGGUACACUUGAACAACUCAAAGAAUUGGUACAAUUGGUUGCAUCAGGUGAAUUAGAACCACCACCACAUACAGUUUAUCCAGCUGAAGAGGCACUCGAUGUUGUUCAUAAACUUUGUCAUUCGGAAAUUUAUGGCAGAGCUAUUUUGCGCUUCUAUCCGACCGAUUAAAAAUAUUCACGCUCUUGAGGAGCAUAUAUUUAUAUUUCACGAUAUGAAAGUCGUGGAAAAAAUUGUUGCAUCUUUGCGAGUUUUUAAAGCAUCGAUAAAAAAACAAAAAAACAAAAAAAAAAAAUGGUUAUAACGCGCUACUCGCACGCGUUUCUUUUUCAAUAAGUCUCAUACUCGCCAUGGUUUUUACUUCGAGAAACAUAAUGUCAAUGAUUGUCAUAUAAGGUUAAUUAUUGGGUCUCGAUUAAUGCACAUAAUCAGCUAAAAAAAGAAACAUCUGAAAUAGUCGAGCAAAUUAUAUUCAAAAAUCCUUCUUGUCAAAUAGGGCCUCAAAAAAAAAAAUUGAAAUUCUAAUAUGUAUCCAAUUUUAUACAAUUUUGUAUCUUAAAUUCCCCCAAAGAAGACCUGAUCCACUUAUUGUGGUCAAUUAUUAUAAACGAGAAUGGAUUAGUGCUUGAUAAAUGAAAAUAAUUAUUUGCUUGACAGAUGUUUCAAGAGAAAUUUCUCUCAUAUCUAAUUUUUUUUUCCACUAAUAUAUAUCAAUCAAUUUUUUUUAGAAAUUAUAAACUAUUAGAUGUUUAAUGAAAUUUCAUAUUCAAGUUUAGCAAUUUAAGAAAUUCAAUAAUUAGAAAUUUAAAAAAAAAUAAAUUAAAUUUAAUGUUCAGAAAAAAAAAUUAACGUUAAAUUAAAAUAAGAUACGUUUUAAAGAAAACAAUUCUGAUUAAUCGAGGCUGUAUACCGUGACAUUAUAUUUAAUGUUAGUCGUAGAAUGUUCUUAAAACAGUGGAUUUAGUAUUGAGACGUGAGCUAAAGAAGGGAUAUGAGGAAAAAAAAAAAAAAUGUUCGUUACUGCAUUUAGGCCAUUACAUAGAGUUAUUAAAAGAAAAAAAAAAUGGCCUGUGAAAUAAGUUAUGUAAUUUCUCGUUGUUCACCUUUUAAAUAGAAUCAGUAUUUCUUUCAGUUGAUAUUUUGAGUGAAGUUGCCGAAAAUCUUACAAUUUACUAUAAGUAAAUCGGAUUAGUUACAGGAUAUAAUGUGCAAAAUGCUUUAUAUCGCAGUUCUACAAUAUUAUUGUACCUUGAAAGACUGUUCGUUUAUUUAAACGCUUUUUUUACUAUUAAUUAUUAUUAGACGAUAUAAUUAUAGUCAAUAAGCACACGUCAUUAUAAAUUAAUUAUAAGAAUAGUUACGACAGUGUAAAUGUAUUAUAAACAUGUAUUGCAAUAUAGCGAUUACGAUUUUUCUAUAA